AUGCCUGCGGCCACUUCUUCUCCAGUGCCUAGCGGCAGCAAUAGUGCUCUAUCAGCGUCGCCUUCAACUCCAAAUGGGUCCGUCACGCCUCAACGUUCUCCUUCAUUCGACAUGCCGAAGCAGAGCCUCCGGGGCAUCAAAAAGCCCAAAUGCAUCAAGUGUGGGAAUAUUGCCCGUUCCAGGUACAGCCUACAUUGCCCAUUCCUCUUUGGAUUCCGUUGUCGACAAUGAAACCGGCUGCAUUUAUUUAAUUUGGAUGGUUGUUUUCCUCGCAAACGCAGAAGUUGCCUGCAUCCGGUGUUCCUUGACCUUUUCACACAAACAUAGCAUAACAUUAUGAUGUAGGAUAAUAGAUGACUUGCCCAUUCGCCAGCGAGGAUGAGGACCUGCAGAGUACCAUCUUGCUGAAGAUUAGAAAAAUGGAACUUUGGCAUUGUGUUUUAAACAUUUUUUUGUUAUUUUUUUUAUGUUUUUUAUUGGUGCGUAGGUACAUGCUUUUAUCAGCUAUUUCAUGUAAACAAAGCUAGUUGUUACAUGAUUCUGGGAUAGUUAAGAUAAUAAAUCCGAAAAUUGAAAGUAUGAUGUGGUACAUAGGUAAUAGAAUUAUUUCCUUUUUAGAGUUUUCUUCGCUGCCUGUUGUGACUUUAACUUCUGAUGCGUGGCAUGGAUACAUAUAAAUAAACUGAAGCUGCGAUCCUCUUUACCUUAAGUUUAUCACAAUUAAACUGCAAAACGCAGAACCACAAUUUACUUACCAAAAAGUGAUAGGGCAUCCACAGAACUUUGAAUGGCGCUUAUGACAAGCUUGACCGUAUGCGGAUCAAUGAAUUUUCAGAAAAAAAAUUAAAUGGUAGACCAUGUAAAGCCCCCUUCAGAAUCAAGGAAUAAUGAUCUCCCUUGGUAGAAAAAAUUGAUAACAGUCAUUUAUGUUUACAAGUACUAAACGAUAAAUUUUCCAAUAGUUUUAUAACCUAGGGUGAUGGAUGUCUAAAACUGUUUGUCAUUUUAAGUUCAAGCUUCCAAACUGAUUCAUAUACAUCCUGUCUCAAGUCCUGGUAGCUCGCCUCAACUGGCAAUCUCGAUCUGCCCUGAAAUGGCACAAAGCAUCUCCUUACACUUGGUGAUGGUUUACAGUUGAAAUGCAUCAAUUUUUUUAAUAUAAUAACACCAAGUAAUCGGUUCAGAGCCACUGCAUACUGUUUAAAAUAGGUGUUUAGAAGUUAUACGAGAGCUAUGUUAUAGAAGACACACAGUGAAGUCACUUAUAGGAAAAAAAGUGGUAUCUUGGCAAUUGAGGGCAAAGGGAAAGUAUAAAGGAGACAGUAGAAAAAAACGACCUGUUUUUUUUAGUUUUUUUAUUGGUUCAACUUUAUGGCGUAGAAAACGUUAUUAAUUUCUCAAUGAUAUAGAAGGAUUUUACUUCACUUCAUUUCGUUGUAGACUUUAAAAACUAUUCUAAAGGCUGUCUGAUGGAAUUUGUACGUGCAUUACCAACAAAUGGAUACCUAACCUGAAGAAUAUUUGUCUGGCUAAUCUUAGAAACCUUCUUAGAUGCUCUCUCCAUGGAACCAGUGAUCAACCUCAUACUGCCAAAGUUUGGACUGUUUAGCCAGCCAUGUCAUGCUUAACAGAGAUCUUUGUCAAUCUCCAUGACAAUCAGUCACAGCAUCUGUGUGCAUCUACCUCUUCUCCCCCCCAUUCUUCUAUGAUCAUUAGUCUGAAAUUAAUAUAUGCUUGACGAAUUAGUUAUCAUGAAGAUGUUUUGGACGCUGUGUGUGCUGUUGUUGUAAGAGGAUCUUUGUAAAGAUAGUGGAGGAAGAAGAGGAGAAGAAACAAAUGAAAAACUGAGUAAGAAGAAAAGAGAGAAAGGAAAGGGUUGAGUGAGGUUGAUUCUUUCCAUUCUCUUUUCUUAUACUCUUUGUUCUUCUUGCUGCCAUGCUGUCAUAUUCUUCCCUUUUUAAUGACCCGAUUAGAAUAAAUCUUUAAAACUGACAAAUGGCUGAUCAUAUGGCAGCUAUUCAUGCCAUAUGGUAUGAGUCGGAUGUGAGAGCUGUAUUUAUAGUAAGGCUCAUAAUGUCCAGAGCUAUAGGUGAUACCGAGUCAAACAAAUUUAGAAUACAAUAAUUUGGAUCUUGCUUCAAUGCUUCACCUGCAGUACAUACUCUCUCUCUCUCUCUCUCUCUCUCUCUCUCUCUCUCUCUCUCUCUCUCCAGAGCUCUCCCUGUCCACCGCACAUGUAUGUCUUGUCUCUUACAUCCUGAUAACCUUUGAAUCUCCCAACUCUCGAUGAGCUACUUGGACUCAACAGGUCCCAUCUGCGAAUUUCCCAUCUAUAUGGUUCAUGCUCUCUUUCACGCCUCUUGGUGACCUAUGCAUCUCCCAACUCUAGAUUGAAUGUUUCAGUCAUGCCCGUGAACAGAAAAGCUACUUGAUUUCCCUUGCAACGCAUCCAAUAUCUGACAUCAACAAAAGGCAAAAUUAGUUCAUGAUUUGUUUAAGAACCACCAUCUUGAGUUGAUUCUAAAACUACUUGUCCUUGAAUGAUGACCUGGCAAUGAACUGAAAUCAUUAGUAAAACUGAUAUUUUUUAGCAUCUCAUACUAAGUUAUAUUGAAUAUCACAGAAGAUUUUUCUCAAGAGCUCAAAAGAUAGCUUUUCAUGGGAUCGAUUAUCAGAUGAGCUUGCAGAUGCUAUAUUGCUUAUUUUUAGACGGAGUGAUUGCUUUAAAAAAAAGUGCUGAUAUUAUGAACCAGGCUGAUAUCUUGAGAAUGACAUGAACUAUGUUGACAGGUUUCGACAAUAGAAUUUUUAACUGUUCGGAAUUCUUAUUUAUUUUUAUAUCUUGUUGACUUGUUUGAAGUGCUGAUAUUUGUUUUCUGCGAUAAACAGCUGAUACCCAAGAAAAUUAAUUUGCAUGACAUAGCGUUUUUACAUUUCAAUUUGUUCUCCAUUCCUCUCCUUGUAAGUUCUAUUGUGCCUUAGUUUUUUUAUGCUAGGACACGUGAAGUUGAUUUCUAGAAAUUAUAGCUGCCAUUACUGGGAACAUUCUCGGUAUUUAUCACGACUAAAUUAUGAAAGAUAUUUCCUCUUGUAGACGAUUUUAUAUUUAACCGUAUAUUUUUUUUGCAGAUGCCCUUAUCAGUCAUGCAAGAGUUGCUGCUCCAAGGCUCAAAACCCUUGUCAUAUCCAUGGUAUGUUUCAUUUUUGGUCAUAAGAAAGCCCACUGUAAAUUUAUGUACGGCCUGGUAAUGUAAAUCACAGACGAUUCCGGUACGUAUUUUCUCUGUUAGGAAUUUUUAACUCAUCUAAUGCUUUGAUGUACUAGUUGUUGUUAUCUAAUAGUAUGAUUGUGUUUUCUCAUAUUUUCCUGCUCCGUUUAUGUAUUGCAGUUUUGAAAUUCAAUGGCACCCUACCAGACAAAGCACCACCUGCUAGCUCUCCCACGCCUGAGCAACCAGCUAAUGAUUCAUCUCCUUUUUUGUCAGGGCAAGUAUUCAGUUAAUAUAAAUUUUGUCGGAUUUGGACUCGGAUGAUGCGUUAACUAUGUAGGUUUCUUCACAUUUCAGGGCUGCUAUGAGGCUCUCUUCACUUAGGCAACUUUCUAGUGCUUUCGUUAAUUCAUUAAGGACAAGAAAACCUUUGUCCCGAAAGGUGCUUUCAAUCUUUCUUUCUGAAGACUAUUUCAUGUUAUUGUUCCUUUGUAAACCGCUAAUGUUCUCCAUUUUCUUCCAGGAUGCAUUAAAUAUCAAUAAGUGGAGGUUUUCCAAGCUGAAGGAGCACAUUGAUGGGGAGAUUGAAAUCGAAAAUGAAGCAUUUGAUAGAUACAUGCAGAAUGUGAGCCUUCUUGAGGAAACAUUUUCUGUUGAUUCUCCCAACGAGAGAGGACCAGUAGCCGAAACUUGCUCUUCCGAGGAUGAAUUCAGCAAAUUGGUCACUGGAGUAAAAGUGAGGCUGAAAUGCAAUCUUGAUAGAGCCAAUGCCUCCAGAGAUAGAGUAAGAGGAAUCUUAGAUAAAGGAUUGGAGAACUUGAAACAGCUAGAAGUAGCAGGUGAUGAGGCUUCCCAUGAUGACGACCUAAGCAGCAUAGGAGAGUUCAAGAGGCGAAGGAAAUUAAUGAAAUCACGGUUUGAGAGAACAGCAGCAGUGGAAGACCUAAUCGACAAGUUGAUCAAAGCUCGAACUGAGGAUGAUUUUAAGUCUUGCUUGGAAACAAAGCUUCAGAUAUAUCAUCAGGAUGCAGGUUUAGAUCCUCACAUACCCAGCCAUGAGAUAGGUGAUGGCAGGCCAACAAAGGAAGAAUCAGAUGCCCCCACAUCUGCACUGUCCUAUUCACUACCAAUAUCGUUCACCACUGUUAAGAUCGACGAAGACCAACUGUCUAGCAUUGAAAAAGAGUUUCAUUCCCUUGAUCAAAUAGCUGAAUUAUAA